CCACGGUUGAACAGAUGCGAAGAAUGGACGGCUUCAUCAUCGCAGCGAAACAUGACGUGUAAGAGGAGGCGUUGUUCGGUACUGCUGGCAUCGACAUAAGUGGAUCAGACCUCCUGAAGGAAUGUUCACCCUCACAGAAGUAGCAUCCCUGAAUGACAUCCAGCCAACUUAUCGAAUACUGAAACCGUGGUGGGAUGUCUUCAUGGACUAUCUCGGUAUUGUCAUGUUGAUGUUGGCCAUAUUUUCUGGAACGAUGCAGUUAACUAAGGACCAAGUGGUUUGUCUUCCGAUUCUGGAGCCGACUCCAGAGGGGGCUGGGGGCUUCUUGGGACCACAACCACCAGAGACGGCUGAUAGCUUAUGGAACAAAGAAAGCGCCAUCGGAGAGCAGGCGGCUCCUUUAAUGGCUAAAAGGCCUCCUGAUAGCAUCGCUCCCACAAUUCACUUCACACCGUCGGGCACUUUUGGGCAGCCUCAGCCUACAGGUGUCAGGACCAAGCUGGAUUUUCAACAGUAUGUUUUUGUCAACCAGAUGUGCUACCACGUUGCUCUUCCUUGGUAUUCCAAAUAUUUCCCGUACCUCGCUCUAAUCCACACUAUUGUGUUAAUGGUCAGUAGCAACUUCUGGUUCAAGUACCCAAAGACAAGUUCCAAAAUAGAGCACUUCGUUUCCAUCCUGGGAAAAUGUUUCGAGUCGCCGUGGACUACCAAAGCGCUGUCUGAGACUGCGUGCGAGGACUCGGAGGAGAACAAGCAGAGACUGGCUGGUGCCUCCUCCCUCCUGAAGCAUCUGUCCACAAGCAGUGAGGAGGGGAGUCCAAACCAGUCCGCCCCAAUACUGACUAAAUCUGGGGUCACGUUUUCAGUUGAAAAGCUCGUGAGCGAAGUUCCCUCCAUGACCAUACUGGACAAGAAAGACGGCGAACAAGCGAAAGCCCUGUUCGAAAAAGUCCGGAAAUUCCGCGCCCAUGUGGAAGACAGUGACUUGAUUUACAGACUGUACGCCAUUCAGACUGUCAUCAAAACGGUCAAAUUCAUUUUGAUCCUGUGCUACACGAUGACUUUUGUUGCCUCCAUAGAUUUUGACCACGUGUGUGAGCCUGAAAUAAAGCAUUUGACUGGAUACGCCAAGUUCCACUGUACACACAACAUGGCGUUCAUGUUAAAGAAACUCCUUGUUAGUUAUAUUGCUCUCAUAUGUGUUUAUGGCGUCAUCUGUAUAUACACGCUGUUCUGGCUUUUUCGGCGACCACUGAAGGAGUAUUCCUUUGAGAAAGUCAGAGAGGAGAGCAGCUUCAGUGACAUUCCAGACGUUAAGAACGACUUUGCGUUCCUCCUGCACAUGGUCGAUCAGUAUGACCAGCUGUACUCGAAGCGUUUCGGCGUUUUUCUCUCUGAGGUGAGCGAGAACAAACUUCGGGAGAUCAGCCUGAACCACGAGUGGACCUUCGAGAAGUUGCGGCAGCACGUGACCCGCAAUCCUCAAGAAAAGUUGGAGCUCCAUCUUUUUAUGCUCUCCGGAGUGCCAGAUGCUGUGUUUGAUCUCACUGAUUUGGAAAUCCUGAAGCUAGAAUUAAUCCCAGAGGCCAGGAUAACGGCUAAGAUCUCGCAAAUGAUAAACCUCCAGGAGCUGCACUUCUAUCACUGUCCCGCCAAAGUUGAACAGACUGCUUUCAUUUUUCUUCGUGAUCACCUCCGGUGCCUUCAUGUCAAGUUCACAGAUGUUGCUGAGAUUCCUAGCUGGGUAUACUUGUUGAAAAAUUUAAGGGAACUGUACUUGGUUGGUAACCUGAACUCUGAAAACAACAAAAUGAUCGGACUCGAGUCCCUGCGAGACCUCAGGCACUUAAAGAUUCUGCAUCUCAAAAGCAACCUCACAAAGAUCCCGACAAACAUAACAGAUCUGUCUCCACAUCUGGUCAAGCUGGUCGUUCAUAACGAUGGUACGAAGCUCUUAGUGCUGAAUAGUUUGAAGAAAAUAAUGAACCUCGCGGAACUGGAGCUUCUUAACUGUGAGCUGGAGAGAAUCCCCCAUGCUAUCUUCAGUUUGAACAACCUUCAGGAACUGGAUUUAAAAUCCAACAACAUUCGCACCAUCGAGGAGAUCAUCAGCUUUCAGCACCUCAAGAGACUGACGUGCCUCAAGCUCUGGCACAAUAAGAUCAUCACCAUUCCGUUGUCAAUUAGCCACGUCAAAAACCUCGAGUCGCUCUAUCUGUCACACAACAAGCUCGAGUCUCUACCCUCAUCGUUAUUCACCCUUCUCAAGCUGAGGUACCUCGAUGUUAGCCAUAACUCCGUCGUGGUUAUACCACUGGAGGUGGGCUUCCUGCAGAACCUCCAACAUUUUGCCAUCACCGGCAACAAAGUCGAGGUAGUUCCCAAGCAACUGUUCAAGUGCGCCAAACUGAGGACCUUAUGUCUCGGCCACAACUGCAUCACCUCCAUUCCUGAGAAAAUUGGCCAGCUCUCGCAGCUGACACACCUGGAGCUGAAGGGAAACUGUCUGGACCGUCUCCCGGCUCAGCUCGGCCAGUGCUGCCUCCUGCGCAGGAGCUGCCUGAUUGUGGAGGAUCAUCUCUUUGACUCGCUCCCCAUGGAGGUCAAAGAGAGCAUCAAUCAGGAGUCUAGCGUUUCUUUUCCAAAUGGGUGUAAGUGUCUGAGUGAUGGCCGGUAGUCACAUUUUCGUGGCAUCAAAUGUCGUGCAUUUAACCGUAGGUUAGUGAAGUCUUUUUUUUUCAUCAUGUCGUUAGAACAGUAGUUCAGGGUACGGUGUUGGUACGCUUCGUGAUGUUUUAGCAGCUUAUUAAAUGAACACAUCACAGCACAUACAAGGUCGGUACCGCUGGAGAGAUUAAAAAUGCUCAUGGCUUAUGUCAUGUCUGUAUUUGUUAUUUUUUCAUUUUAUGUUUGGUUAAUGUAGGGGCAAAGUAGCAGUUAAAUCACUUUGCUUAUAUUUUUUACCUUUUGUAUGCAGAUAUAUCUAUAGUGGAUCUACGGACAUUUGUAUCAUUUUAAACAAUCCACCUUUUUAUCUCUGUGGCUUCAUUUGGUUUUCUUCAGAUCAACAGGAUGCACUUAAAAUAGCUUGAUUUAAAGAGAUGGUUCACUCAGAUUACAGACAACACAUCUCACUUUCCUGUAAUUUAAUCUUGCCAUGGAGGCAGUUUUAGUUUCGUCAACCCAAGUUUUGACUGUGAGGUUUUCACCAUGAUGCAAACAGAAUUUGGUCUGCGAUGCUCACGACAUUAGAUAUGAGCUACUUUUCUUCCCAGCAACAAUGUCCACAGUAGCCUUGCAGUUUUUGAUCAAAGACGUAUUGUUGGUUGAACCAGUUUACAGCAAGUGUGUUGAUUAUCCAGAGUGAACAGGACAUGUUCAGCUGCUAAACACCAUAAAUAUACUGCCAUUCUCCCACAUUAUAUUGGGAUUGAGGCAGAAACCUCAGACACAGAAACUCAAAACUUGAGCAAAUAAAACCAAAACUGCCUGUCUGACCAGAAACUACGAUGUUACAUGAGAAAAUACAGUUUUCUGACAUUUAGGAGAACUGACCCUUUAAAAACGGCUUAUUUACGUAAAUAUUUGGUGCAAAGUUGAAGAAAAGUUUAGGUAUAACUGAUGUUAUUAACCGGAUGCAUUCCAAUUUGAAUAUACUUGUAAUAAAUUUUCAAAUUAUUCACCAAAAUGAUGACGGUUCCCAUGUGAUCCUUUUCUCUACUUGCCAUUAUUUUUGAUACAGCAGUUUUUCAGACAGUAGUUUUCUUUCUCUUGUUCGGGCUCUCAUGUUUUAUUCUCGUAAACAGUAUAUUUAUCAUGUAUUUUGUGUGUUCUUUGUAUGUAUUUAUUAUCUCAUUGUGUUUUAUCUG